UCUUUGUGAAAUUCUCGUGUCCCAGACAGAGAAAGAACAAGGAUGAGUUUGAGAUAUUGAAAAAGCCAGAAAAGUCUCAGUCUAGAAAUGAAAUAUCUAGCUAGUAAGGCUGACUGCAAAGGAGUUUCUACCCCGAAGUGAUCUGGCGAAGAGCAAACUGUGAGAGCAAAUUUGCAUGAAUGCAACGAAGCUUAAUGGAGGCUGGUGAGUUGAACAAUUGAGGAGGAUGGGAGACCCACGUUAAAGGCGCGGAACGCAUGGAGACGUCAAAGUGUUUCAAAAAUCGUCAAAGGGCUCUAUAAGGCGGUAGAGGGAAGUGAAGGGGUGGAGAGUUACGAGCCUUCUGGCACACUAACUGAAGGAACCAGAGUAACAAGUCUGAUUAGGGAACACCGGAUGCCCAUGGCAUGAAUCCUGGAAAGCGACAGCUUAGACUGGGAGUGAGGAGUUAGACAGAGGAGAGGAAAGUAGAGGACAGGAGCGGAGAGGAGUGACCAGAACCUUACACUCUACCCUACCCCUACCGGCUGCGCCUGUGUGGCUGUGCACUGCGGUGCCACUCUCAAACCCCACUGUGAUAUUCCACAGCCAAGCAGGAACCAUGCCGGCCCUGGCCACCGGAUCUGGAAAUGACUCAGAUCUGUAUGAGCUGCUGUCUGCCCUGCCCUCCCAGCUCCAGCCCCAUGUUGACAGCCCGGACGACAGCACCUUUAUACACAACAUGUUCGGAGAGAGGAGCCUCCACUCGCUGGUCAAGAUCCACGAGAGGCUGCAGCACUAUGAGGAUCGUAGUCCUGCCCCCGUCCUGGAGAGCGCAGGGUCCCUAGCCACUGACCUGUCUGAGGAACUGCAGGUUAAAGGUGCCAGUGGAGGAAUCGGAGAGCUGCUAAAACUACUGGCUAAACCCCACGUCAAGAGUCUUCUGUCCGUCCAUGACACGGUAGCCCAGAAGAGUUAUGACCCCGAUCUGCCUCCGCUGCCCGAUGACAUCGAUGAUGACGAGGAGUCAGUGAAGAUCAUACGGCUGGUCAAGAACAAGGAGCCUCUCGGAGCCACAAUAAAGUGUGAUGAGCACACAGGAGCCAUCCUUGUUGCCAGGAUCAUGAGAGGUGGAGCUGCAGACAGAAGUGGUCUGAUCCAUGUAGGGGACGAGCUGAGGGAAGUGAACGGGAUUCCUGUGGAUAACAAGAAGCCUGAUGAAAUCCUCCGCAUUCUGGCCCAGUCUCAAGGGGCCAUUACGUUUAAAAUAAUACCAGGUAUCAAAGAGGAGGCGCCGAGCAAGGAGCCCAAGAUGUUUGUGAAGACACUGUUUGACUACGAACCAGCGGAGGACAAAGCCAUCCCGUGUAAGGAGGCGGGCCUGACGUUCAAGAGGGGAGAUAUCCUUCAGAUCAUGAGCCAGGAUGAUGCAACCUGGUGGCAGGCCAAACACGACAGCCAUGCCAACCCCCGCGCCGGCCUCAUACCCUCCAAACAGUUCCAGGAGAGGAGAUUUGCACUGCGUCAGCCCGCCGCACAUGUUUUUCAGGCCCAGAAGCUCUCCAGCAGAAAAUCAUCUGGUUUUCGCCGGAGCUUCCGCCUCAGCAGGCGAGACAAGAAGACCAACAAAUCCAUGUAUGAAUGUAAGAAGAGUGAGCAGUACGACAUGGCUGACGUGCCGACCUACGAGGAGGUGACUCCCCACUGCAGGCAGAGUGGGGCCAAGCACAGACUUGUGGUCCUCGUCGGUCCCACGGGGGUCGGUCUAAAUGAGCUGAAGAGGAAGCUGCUGAUCUCUGACCCCCAACACUUCAGUGUUACCGUGCCACACACCAGUCGGCCGAAGAGGAACCAGGAGAUUGACGGGGUGGAGUAUCACUUCAUCUCCAAAAAUAUAUUUGAGACGGACAUCCAAAACAACAAAUUCGUAGAGCAUGGUGAGUAUAACGGGAACUACUAUGGGACUAGUCUGGACUCUGUGCAUUCUGUCCUGUCCAAGAACAAGGUUUGCCUGCUGGACGUUCAGCCUCAUAUGAUAAAGCACUUGAGGACGGCAGAGUUUAAACCCUACGUGGUGUUUGUGAAGCCGCCACCCAUCGAGCGCCUGCGGGAGACCAGAAGGAACGCUAAGGUCAUCUCAGACAAGGACGACAAGGGAUCCGCCAAGCCAUUCUCGGAGGAGGACUUCCUGGAAAUGGUGAGCACCGGCCAGCAGAUGGAGAGCCAAUACGGCCACUUGUUUGAGAAGGUGAUCGUCAACGACGACCUGACAGCAGCAUUCAGUGAACUGAAGGUGGCUCUGAAGAAGGUGGAGACAGACACUCACUGGAUACCCAUCAGAUGGACUCACUCCUGAGAACCACAGAGAGAGAAAAACUUUUUGAGAAAGAAGAUUAAAAAGGGAAGGACUUUUUAACAAAGUUGUUUGUGUAUAUAUAUAUAUAUAUAUAUAUAUAUAUAUUUUUUACCCUUAUUUCUGCCAUGUGUGUGGUGGGCGUUGUUGGAUAGCAGUGAACUGCCGUUAUAUAGUGCACUACCCACAGGGCUCUGGUCAAGGUACUAUGUAGGAAAUAUGGUGCCAUUUGGGAUGAAGCCUGUAUCUCUCUCUGGGUCUUCCACUGGGCCCUGUUCAGCGCAGUCAACAGUCAACACAUUGGACAUCUGAGGGUGGGGCUGGGGCUGGUCUGAUCUGGUUUUAGAGCGCUGCUCUGUCUUCAGAUCGGUUUCACUGUGACUGCCAAUCAGUGCUGUGCCAGUAUGUACUGUAACUACGGGCUCCUUCCUUAGUGUGUUUUUAACAUUAGUUUAUAGAAAACAAAGGGAUUUGUAUUUUUCUGUUUCUGGAUUGACAGUGGGCGGUGUUUACAUGUACAUUUCUGUAUAUUACUGCAAAGCCUCAAGAAGAGAAUAAUGGGGAAAGAUAUACAAAUAAACAGUUUGCCUUCAAGUCUUAAACUCUGCUUUGGUCCAAAAGUACACCCUUUUCUCUAUGUAGUGCACUACUUUUGACCAAGGCCCAUAACAAUCUGGUCAAAAAUAGUCCACUAUAUAGGGGUAGGGUGCCAUUUCGGAUCCACCUUCAAACUCCGAUAAACUAUGCCCUUGCCGUUUUUAACGCUUCCAUAGACGGUUAUGCCAAGAUGGCAAAGCAAAAUGUCGGCAGGUACAGUACACUCAACGAAGGGCAACAACAGAUGUAACUCUAUUUAAGACAAAUUCAUAUAUUUUAAUCUUUUUCUGCUGUUUUACAUACCUUUUAUAUAUGACAUAUCUAUAACAUCGUUUAUAAAGAAGCACCAUGAUACUGUCACUGUACAACCUGAGAUGAUUUCUGACGUUACUUUGAUGUUGGAAGCCUUCUUUCAAGGCAUCAGAUAGACAGUGUCUUGUCGUCGUACCUCAAGUACCUCAAGUUCCCGUGCCCUACGUUCUAAUUUGCACCCUUAUUCCCUAUAUAGGGAUUUAGGACAACGCCUGGGUGUUUUAUACCUUUUAUUUAGGAGCUAUUUAAAAAGAGAUAUUUAAACCCUACUUUGAAUACUUUACUCAUGACGGUGACCAAGCAGCAAAACAAUUUGCCAAUUAAACUACCAGACAUUGGCUCGUCAUUUGUAAGUAAAAUGUUCUCAAUCUAGUAUAAUUAGGGUGGAGUGGAGUUAGCCUUAAUUUAUUCUCAUAAAACAGGCCUAAAACAAGGAACCUUACAGAGGGCUCCAUAGCGCUAAUAGAUUUACAACAGACCGAAACAAAAAAGUAGCUGCUUCUAACUUAACAAGGUUCAGGUUAUAUAGAGAAAGGUUAGAGUUGCUAGUCCUCCGCACCUCUCUUUCUAAUUCCCUCCUGUCCGUAUGUCUAUCCCUCUACCCUUUUCCUGCUAUUCAGUUUCUGUAUCCCACGGUUAGGUGGCUAGACUAUAAAGUGUAUGUUGGAUUGUUUGAUGAGAUCAUUUCUGGUGCUAUGAUGUUGAGUGUUUAACAAUUCUGGUAACUUUCCCAAAAUGUAAUAGACAGUUACCUGAUUUUUGCAACCCUAAUCAUGUCUGAUGUUCAAAGACCCUACACAGAUGAAAGUUUAAUUCAGCUUCCUCUCGACAUUUCAUACAGUUCCUCCUGUAUAGGGUAGCAAUUAUUUAUAUAUUUUUAAUUCUCUGGUUUUCCAGGAUUCCUGGUUGGAAUAUUCCUUGAAUCAGGAGGGAAUUACCAGGAAAUUCUCGAAUCCUUACCGGAAUUCUCCAACCCUACUCCUGUAGUCUGGGUUUAGGCCCUGCUGGGUGUAGUGACCUCACGUUCUCUCUCUUCCCAAGUUUUCACACUUACACCACCAACCAUGGGUGUUAGUUCGUUAGCUCUCUGUCCAGCUAAGGUCAUGAAGAGGCACCACAGCUAUCUCUCUCUCUGUCUGGUGUCUGUUUUCUCUUUUAAAGCUGUUCCCUCUAUCUCUCUUUUCUUUUAUCCUUUUAUUUUUAUUGAUCAAAAAAUGUCUUAGUAUCACAGGUGCGCCUGUUUAGUUUUUUUCUGAUUAUCAAGCCUAUUUAAAGGGAUAUUUUUGUUUCAGGUUAAGCCACUAGAAUACCAUGCUUAUCUACACUACCGGUUUAACCCUUAAGUUUUCCCAUCAUUUUAUUACAUGUUCAUGUUAUGUUAGGUUCAUAAUUACCCUCUAGCCAUCCAUAUCAUUGAUCGGAUUCAGGAGUUCAGUCUGUGAGGAUAUUUUUCUUCAGACUGAAUAUUAAAUACUUUAUUAGGCAAGUUGUAAGAGUUUUCUUUUUAUUUGUACAUUUUAUAUUAAAAUAUUCAACCAAAUGUG